UUUUUUAGACCUGAUCCUUAAAAUGAAGUAUCGCAUUUGGAUACUGUUGAUUUUUAUCCCAAUAGUAGUAUUAUGCGAUGAUUGCACAAGUGAUGAAGAUGUGAUUGCUGAUCUCUUAGGAAGAAAUUCACAUUCUUCUGGUGAAAUUGUGAUAAAGUCGAACUAUAAGAUUGCCAAAUGGUUGUACAAUUCAGUAGCGCACGAGUUGAGCACAGAAGGUUUUUUUGAAAUGAGUUGGACUAAUACCACUUUGGAUUUUACCAAUCUCAACGCCUGCCACAAAACUGUCCGGAUCAAAAGUUUACUCCACAUUUUUUGGUUGCCCCAUGUAUAUUUUCCUUUCUCGUAUAAUCUCGAAGAAAGUCGUAAUUUAUACAACAUAGAAAUCCAUGAAAGUGGUAACAUUACUUUGUCAAAAAGAUUAAAGCAAAGUAUCCCUUGUAAGGAACAAUCUGAUAGCCAUCCAUUCAGCAAUAACACGUGUACAUUGAGCUGGAAGUACACAAAUCUGGAUAAUUAUCAGAAAAUCGUCAUUGAACCUUCAAACUUGAUGGAUUCAGUUGAAAGAGAGCAUAGUCGGCAGUUCAUACUCAAAGACGUUACUUUUGAAUCAUCAGGAGAUGAUGAACAACGAUUGCAUUAUACUAUCACACAGACACCACAAUAUCUUCUAUUACAUUUUUUCUUCCCGGCAUUGUUGUUUUUAAUUCCGCCUUGGUUAUCCCUCCUACUUGGACCAAUGGCAAUUACCCGGUGUAUCAUCUUGAUGACGUCACUAAUUCUAUUGUCCAACCACUAUGAUCGAAAUGUGACUGUAUUUCCAAUUGAUGCAAGUUUAAAUGCAAUUUCCAUCUGGCAACUGUUCACUUAUAUCUACGUCAUCGGAAUCGUGAUAGAACUAAUUAUCAUAACACUUUUCGCAAGCAUGGGACGAUCAAAAACGUGUUGUUUCGCAAAACGGAGGUCUGCGAAAUAUGAAAUGGAGCCACUUUAUGAAGAAAUGAAUGACUUGAGACAAAGAAAAACAAGAAAAACCAGAAACUGUUGCCGUAAAGCUGCAUUAUUUGUGGAUAUUGCUAGCUUCAUCUUUUUUGGACUGAUCUUGGUUCUAUUCUGUUACGGAUUUUAUACACAACGUGACUCUGCCGUAAAAAUGAUCCAUGAGUUUGAUAUGGAAUCUUUAAAUAUUUUCUAAUGUUUUAUAAAAUCAUAAAUUGAGCUUAACUUUUGGAAAUAAACGGUUCAAUUAUU